AUGGAUGAUGACGAUGAUGAAUCCUGUCUCCUUGAUCUUAUUGGGGACCCACAGGCGCUGAAUUACUUCCUCCAUGGACCUAGCAGUAAAUCUAGCAAUGAAGACUUGACUAAUGCAGAAUAUUCUGUAGCCAACUCAAAUUCCAUUUUCGCCAACUCUAGUAACACUGAUCCUAAGUCAUCUGUGAAAGGUGUAAGCAGUCAGCUUGGAGAGGGGCCUAGUGAUGGACUGCAGCUGUCCAGUAGCCUUCAGUUUCUUGAAGAUGAACUUGUGUCUUCUCCUUUACCUGAUCUUACUGAGGAUCAGCCUUUUGAUAUUCUUCAGAAGUCCUUGCAGGAGGCCAAUAUUACUGAACAGACUUUGGCAGAAGAGGCAUAUUUGGAUGCCAGUGUAGGUUCUAGCCAACAGUUUGCACAAGCUCAGCUUCAUCCUUCUUCAUCAGCAUCCUUUACUCAGGCUUCUAAUGUUUCUAAUUACUCAGGUCAGACGUUGCAACCUAUAGGAGUUACUCAAGUGGUACAGCAACCUGUUGGAGCAUCUUUUGCAAGCAAUACAGUUGGUGUGCAACAUGGCUUUAUGCAACAUGUCGGAAUUAGUGUUCCCAGCCAGCAUUUGUCUAAUAGCAGCCAGAUCAGUGGUUCUGGGCAGAUCCAGCUAAUUGGUUCAUUCAGUAAUCAACCUUCCAUGAUGACCAUUAAUAACCUUGAUGGAUCUCAGAUCAUACUGAAAGGCAAUGGUCAACAAACACCUGCAAACAUGAGUAGUGGCCUCUUGGUUCAUAGACAAACCCCAAAUGGUAACUCGCUGUUUGGUAACUCAAAUUCAAGUCCAGUAGCACAACCUGUAACUGUUCCGUUUAACAGCACAAAUUUUCAGACGUCAUUGCCUGUCCAUAAUAUCAUCAUUCAAAGGGGUUUGGCACCAAACUCUAACAAAGUACCUGUUAAUAUCCAACCAAAGCCUGUCCAGAUGGGUCAGCAGACUGCUUACAAUGUGAAUAACUUGGGAAUACAGCAGCAUCACGUACAGCAAGGGAUUCCGUUUGCUUCUGCAAACUCACCUCAGAGUUCAGUAGUUGGUCCUCAUAUGUCCGUUAAUAUUGUUAAUCAACAGAACACAAGAAAAUCAGUUACCCCUCAGACAGUCAGCAAUGCUGGAGGUAGUAUUGUUAUCCAUUCUCCUAUGGGACAGCCUCAUGCACCUCAGAACCAGUUUCUCAUACCUACAAGUUUGUCUGUUAAUUCUAAUUCAGUUCAUCACGUCCAGGCCAUAAAUGGACAACUUCUUCAGACUCAGCCUUCCCAGCUGGUUCCUAGCCAAGUGUCUGCUGAGCAUGUAAUGCUCAACAGGAACUCUACAAACAUGCUAAGAGCCAACCAGUCGUAUUCAGGGCAGAUACUGAAUAAUCAAAACACAGCUGUUCAGCUUGUUUCUGGCCAGACAUUCACAGCUCCUGGAAACCAAGUCAUAGUCAAUCAUGGAACCUCACAGAUUGUGGGUGGACAGGUACCGCUGCAGCAGGCGUCACCAACCGUGUUGCAUUUGUCACCCAGUCAAGCUAAUGUUUCUCAAGGUAGAUCGAGUUUUACCACGAUGUCCCCUGGGCAGUCUGCAGUCUCCAACAUGUCAGCUUCGAACCGCUUUGCUGUUGCAAGUUCUUCUGGGUCAGUACAUCCUAGCUUGGGACCAUCAGUUCAGUCUGUUGCAUCAGGAGGAAACUUCACUGGAGAUCAGCACACACAGAACAGAACUCAAGUUCCCAUCAGUGCAUCGCAUCGUCUUCCAGCAUCCUCUUCCAAAUCUGUCAGCACCUUCAGUCACACGUCGGUGGGAGUAACACAACAGCAGUUUGCUUUUGGUCAGAAGAAAUCUCUGAACCAGACAUCACCAGUUUCUGCAUCGAAGACACAAGAUAAUUUGAGACAGCCUCAGCUAACAAGUCUCCUGAGCAACACACUAUCAGGACAGGACUCUGGAGGAAAAAUUGUGCAGCAGUCUCUAGGAUCAGCACAACCGCAAGAAAAAGUAAUAGGAUCAUCAUCAGUUCAACAGAGCAUACAGGUGGACGGUCAUUUAGUUGGACAGAAAAGGCCUGCUGCUAAACAGUUAACUAAAGGAGCUUUUAUUCUCCAGCAGUUACAGAAGGAUCAGAUGCAUGCUGUGACACCAGAUAAAAGCCAGUUCAGAUCAUUAAAUGAUGCAGUUCAGAGACUCCUUUCAUACCAUGUGUGCCAGGGAUCGCUGCCAACAGAGGAAGACUUGAGAAAAGUGGACAGUGAAUUUGAAACUGUAGCUACACAGCUUCUGAAGAGGACACAGGCUAUGCUGAACAAAUACAGAUGUUUGCUUAUAGAAGAUGCAAUGCGGAUAAAUCCCUCUGCAGAAAUGGUUAUGAUUGACAGGAUGUUUAACCAGGAAGAAAGGGCAUCUCUGACCCGGGAUAAGCGUCUUGCACUUGUGGAUCCUGAUGGUUACCAGGCUGAUUUUUGUUGUUCUGCCAAACAAUUUGAUAAAGCAGUUGAAGAAGCACAGUCCAGCAAGAGUGACCAUCAGCCUAGCAAAACAUUAUCUUCCCGAAGUCAGACUACCAAAACCCAAGCCAGAGACCGACCAAAAUCCAGCUCAGCAGAGUCCACAAAUCACAGUAAACUUCCUCUAGUGCCUAACAACGUUGUGACGCCACAAGAAGGAAUAGCUUCUACUAAAAAAUCAGAGAGCCUCACUAAAGCUUUAAAGCUUGAGAAAGCUAACUGUUCUUCUGAGGGCCAGUACGUGGCCCUCUCUGAAGAGAAGACAGCCGGGAAAGAUCUUGCCAAGUCCACAGAGAAUUCUUCAAGUUCUGAAGACUUGUCAAAAACCGUGUCACGAGCCGCUCCUGGGACACACAACAAAGUAACAAGGAACACAGUUCAGUCUUUCUCAAAGGUAACGUGUAAUAAUUCCCUCCAAGACAAAACUCUGAGGAGCUCUCCAAAGAAUGAGGUUUUACAUCCUGAUAACAGGAAAGGCUCUGGUGAACCCCAGCAAGACUUACUGCUCAGUAAGAGUUUAGAAACUACAUUUAAAAACAUCUUGGAACUUAAAAGAGGUGGGAGACAGUCACAGAAUGAGGCGACAAGUAGUGGCUCGGUUGAAUUAGAAUUCCCUAAUUUUUCACCUAUUGCUUCACAGGAAAACUGCCUGGAAAAAUUUAUUCCAGACCACAGUGAAGGUGUUGUAGAAACUGACUCUAUUUUAGAAGCCGCUGUAAAUAGUAUCUUAGAGUGUUAG